GUGAAUAUUCAUAAGUCAUAGAAAAUGGCGGACGGUUGUUAACUUGUUAUUUGAUAGCUGAGAACAUUUCUCGUAAAUAAUUCAAAAAGCCUUUGCGAUUUUCCAGAUUUAAAAACUUAUAGGCAAUAGUCGCAAAAAUGCUCGUCCAAGAACCUGUUCAGGUUCUUCUUUGGAAUUGUUUGAACAACUAUGCUUAUAGAGACGCCAUAUUUAUCGCGGAGAGGUUGAACGCUGAAGUAUUUAAUGAAGAAAGUCAUUACCUCUUGGCAACUUGCUACUAUAGAUCGGGUCAACAUGGUAGAGCCUACCACUUUUUAAAAGAUGCCAAAUUUAAUUCUCCAAGAAUGAGAUAUUUAAAAGCGGAAUGCUGCUAUUCUCUCAAAUUAUACAAAGAAGUGGAAGAGGCUCUAUUUGAAAAAUCCUCAUCGAGAAUCGGUGGAUUAGACAUAAAUAGCGAUAUGUUCAAUGAAUUUCAGGAAGUAGACUGUUAUGCUAUGAACUUAUUGGCUCAGGCUUACAUAAAGACGAGUGCCUCCGAUAAAGCAGUGAAAUUAUUUCGUAUGUCCUUGAAGAAAAAUCCAUUUUUAUAUUCGGCUAUUGAGAAUUUGUGUCAUUUAGCCGCAUUUAAAACGGACAUAGAAGAUAUUUUCAAGGUGAACUCAGUUAAUGAUUUGGCUGCGAAUUUAUUCCAGAAACCACCGAAUUCCGUUUGUGCAACUGAUGCAAGUAGUUUGUUCUCAACGUUUUCAACCAAUAAAAAAGAGAGUGAACAGAUUAUUAAACCUAUGGUACCUCGAAGCCGUCCAACCGAAACGACAAACCAUCCAAAUAUAGAACAACGAUGCUUGAGAAGUCGCAAGAGCAACUCAAGAUCAACACCCAACACUACCCUACAUUCAUCGGUACCUCCGCCUCCGCCUAGAAAGCAAACUGUUCGACGGAAUGCUUUACAUAUAGAUAAAACCGAUCAAUUAAAGACUCCUAAACAAGUUGUAGAUUUCGAAAAAUUUUUAGAACUGGAAAGACCUAAACCAACUUUUGGCCAUUUACCUUUAGAAUUAACGCCUAGUCCUUGUGGUCCUAGUCAGGCGUUUAUAACGCCACCCGUGGGCGUUGCUCUUAUGGAAAAAUCUCCUAUAAUUGCAAACGAUGCUAUUGGACAGAGAAGGACCAGAAAGAAGUUAUUGGUAGAAAAAUCACCACAAAGAACAAUAAAUCAAAAUAUCGAUGAGAAAAAGAUGGAUUUGGAUCACAAUAACGAUUGUAUUAUGCAACAAGAAACAAUGCCUUUAAGAAGAUCCAGUCGCUUAUUAAAUCCAGUUAACAACAAUGUCAUAAAUGAGAAUACUAAAUCAAUUAAUAAGAAAUCGUCUCGAAUAAAUACUAGAAAAUUAAAGAACACUGUCAGUAGCCUUUCAUCAAAUACGACUAAAAACGAACAUAGUACAACAAUAAAGCCUCUGAGAGAUACCAUCGAUAUUGUUAGAUCCAGAUCAAAUUCUCAAUUAUCAUCAUUUUCUGAAACAAACAUUGCUGAGUCAACCGAUGCCAUGAAUGCGGUUCAAAACCAUCUCAUUCAGUGGCAAAAGAAAGACUUAGAAAAUCUCUUGCAUCUAUUUAAGCAAGUAGCGUCCAUAAUCUUGUCAUUAGGACGUUAUAAACCUCAUGAUACUGUCAAGUUGAUUAAGAGUUUACCAGCACAUCAUCUAAAUACACCCUGGACAUAUUAUCAGUAUGGAAGGGCUCAUUAUCUUUUGGCAGAGUAUGACUUGUCUAGAGAAGCUUUCCAAAUUAUGCUCGAGUUUGAUAAAGUUUAUAUAGAUGGAAUUGAUAUUUAUAGUUCAGUUUUGUGGCAUUUAAAUAUGGAGCACACUCUAUCAUCGAUUUGUCAUUUUAUGGGUAAAUGGGCACCCGAAGCCAAGCAGACUUGGUUAGCUCAUGGUAAUUGUUUUAGCGUACAAAAAGAUCAUGCAACAGCAAUGAAAUUUUUUAGACGGGCAAAACAGAUCGAUGAGCAUUACUAUUAUGCUUAUACGCUAAUGGGACACGACUACAUGGUAACCGACGAAUUGGAGUCGGCUUUAGAAUCUUUUAGAAAAGCUUUGGAAAUUGAUUCUAAGCAUUUUUACGCUCGGUUUAGUAUUGGGUCUGUUUAUUAUAAACAAGAGAAAUUCACUGAAGCUGAAUUUGAGUAUCGGGAAGCUCUUAAAAUAUUUCCUACAUGCAUUUCUUUACUUUGUCAAUACGGAAUGACUUUACAUCAUCUACAUCGUUCAGAGGAGGCUCUACUUCAUUUAGAAAGAGGCAUUGAGCUAAAUCCGAAUCAUCCCUUAUGCAAAUAUCAUAAAGCCACUGUUCUAGUUGCGUUAAACCGAUUGGAUAGUGCGUUAGAACUUUUAGAAAAUCUCAAAAAUAUGGUACCAAAAGAAAGCGCAGUGUUCUAUUUAAUAAGCCACAUAUUUAAACAAAAGGACGAUUGUGUUAAAUCCGCAAUGUAUCUGAGUUGGGCUAACGAUUUGGAUCCCAAAGGAGCAGCCAGUUAUGUUAAAGAUUUGGCAGAUCGUAGGAAAUUUCAGGAUUUCACCAUUGAAGACUCAAAUGGUUUGGAUGAGCAUGAUGUUUUGGAUGGGGAGAGCCAAGUUUCAGACAUGGAAUCAGACGCUUCUUCUAUAGAGAUCGUUGGUCCGUUAGGUGAAGAUGAUGACGAGUUUGAUGAAGAAUAAAAAAAAAGAAGAAUGAUAUAUGUUUUUAUAUUAUUAAACUAAACUUCAAUCCGUAGGCUUGUUUUAAAAGUAUUUAUACAUUGGACAUACAUAACAUCUGCCUAUUUAUAAAUUGAAUUGAAAAGUAGAAUUAGUUUAAUUAUUGAAUAAACCGUAAGUCAUGAAAAUAGUAAUUACGUAAGAUGCCUCCAAGGAGGCAACAGCACCUUCCGUAUACUAUAACGAUACGUUCUAUUCCAACGAAAACUGGUAAAAGAGAAAGGGA